AUGGGCUCGCUUAUUGUAUGUAUCGCAGAUAGUUUCAUUGGAAAAAUGCGCUGGCUCAGGCUCCGAUAGAAGUUACUAACACUAUUCGUUUUCUUUUUUUCAUUGCUGUAGUCGAAACUAUUCAAAAACCGAGAAAUGAGGAUCCUCAUGUUGGGGCUAGAUAAUGCUGGCAAGACCACGAUUCUUUACAAGCUCAAAUUGGGAAAGACUUCCAAGACGGUGCCCACUGUGGGGUUCAACGUCGAGACAGUCAAGCACAAGAAUGUAUCCUUUGCCGUGUGGGACUGCGGUGGACAAGAGAGAAUCAGACCAUUGUGGAGGCAUUACUUCACCGGCACAAAUGCACUCAUCUAUGUCGUUGACUCGAGCGAUGAGAAGAGACUCGAGGAAUCGAAGCAGGAGCUUUAUAGAAUCAUAUCUGAUAAGGAGUUGAGCAACUGUCUUUUGGUGGUGUUGGCCAACAAGCAAGAUGUCGAAGGCGCUGUCAAGCCCAAGAAUUUGAUUGAAAAAUUUGACUUGAAUAAAUUGAGUGGUGACCAUACUUGGUCGGUUAUUCCAACUAUUGCCAUUGAUGGUACAGGUCUAGUGGAGACUUUGAACUGGAUCUCCUCACAUUCAAAGUAA